AUGAGUGUCACCCAACUGCCCUUCUCUGCCCUUAGUAGCUGGCUCGAGUCAGCAAAAAUAAUCGACAUGAAUCGAGUAACAAAAACCGACGCCUAUUUAUGCUUCUUUAAAUUCGAAAAACGUGCAAUUAAUUACGAAGAGUUCCUGACGUAUCUGGAAGACUUGGCGCACACCAGGGACCUGGACCUGAAGGACAUGAAGCAGAUGCUCAAGACCUGUGGGAAGCCCCAUGUGAAGAAUAACUUACCCAAACGACAAACGUGAAUUCGUAAGGAUCUUAUUAUAGUUUGACUGAUAAAAUCACUUGCCUGGAUUUUUUAAAUAAAUUUAAUUCACGAUAUCCUCGGCUUUAACAUUAUUUACAAACACUUGACUUCAGGUGUUAACUGAAGAACAAUCCGUUGACUAUCGAAAGCAUGCAGAGUGAAUAUUAAUGUUUUUACAACUAAUCUCUCGAUUAGGCGAAUACUGUGAACAAUAAAAACUAAAAUGAUCGAUUUAACUCAUCGAUAAAUGUAGAAUGAAGGAGAAACGUCCAUUAUCAACAAAUAAAUUUAAUAAAAUCCC